GGCUGAGAGAGAGAACCGGAGGAAAACGGCAGGAAUAAUGAAGCUCGGCCGCCAUGUCUAAAGCGACGGUGAAGAAGCUGCACUGGCGCUCCAAGGUGCAGGAGAGCUUCGUCCCGCUGGGGGGGGGCUCAGGAGAGCUGGGUCUGGCCAUCGGGGGCGGGGCCGACUACGGCGAGUUCCCGUUUGUCACGGCAGCCCCCGGGGGCGGGGCCACGGUGGGCGACAUCAUCUUGGAGAUCGGGGGGACGCCCGUGUUAGGGAUGACCCUCGGUGACGUCAGAGGAGUCCUCAACUCCUGUCCUCAUCCAAUCAGAAUCAAGACGGUCUCACCAGGCUCUUCCCUCUGUAAGGACCUCAGGUUGUACCUCAGCAAGUGUUUCACUCCAGGCUCCAUGGACAGUCAGCUGCAGCAGCUCAUCAGAGAGAACCUGUACCUGCGCGCUGUUCCCUGUACGACCAGGCAGCCUCGGGACGGGGAGAUCUCAGGUGUGGACUACAACUUUGUGUCCAUUGAGGAGUUUUUCUCUCUGGAGGAGUCUGGAGCUCUGCUGGAGAGCGGCAAGUUCAAAGGGAACUACUACGGGACGCCCCGCCCCGUCCACAUCGGUCCAGAGAGUCCACCAAUCACGUACCAGGAGCAUCGAAACCUGCUGAGGAACUUCAGGACGAGGAGCAAGUCUCUGAGCAACCUGGAGAAAGCUGUAGAGGAGGGGGACAACAGUGAGGAGGACAGUGGACUGUCAGCAGGUUCAGCCGGAGCCCCGCCCACCAUCCUGCCUCUCAGCAAAUCAUGGGAAGGAAGAGGAGUAGGAGUAGGAGGAGGAGGAGGAGCAGGAGGUCCACUGCCUGAAAACUGGGAGCUGGCCUACAGUGAUUCAGGAGAGCCGUACUACAUCGAUCAUAACUCAAAGACGACCAGCUGGCUGGAUCCUCGAACUCAGAACAAAGAAACGACUUCCUGUACAGAGCUCCCAGAGUUCACGGAGCAGCCCAGUCAGUUGAAGGGAUACUCCAUUCACACUCGACUCUCUAAGGGUCCUCGAGGUUUCGGCUUCAACAUUGUUGGAGGAAGUCGACCCAGAGAGUUUCUCCAGGUUUACAGUGUCACACCUGGAGGACCACCUGCUCUCAAUACAGCCGACAUCCUGGUCUACAUCAACGACAGCUGCAUGCUGGGUCGCUCUCAUAAAGAGGUGGUGGAGAUGCUGAAGUCGGUGCCGAUGGGUCAGAGUGUGGACGUGGUGCUGAGGAGAGGAUACCCGAUGCUCUACAACCCUGACGGGUGUCCCAAACAGAGUCUGGAGACGCCGCAGACCCCCAGCGAGCCCUCCAACCCCCCCACCCUGAACCGAGGCCUGACACACCUCACCUACAGCUGCACGCUGGACACCAACGGCAGCAUGCCAGGACUAGGCCAAACCCCGCCCUCAUACGCUGCUCAGCCAAUGACAAACGGGCUGACAGGCCCACCAACCCCCACUUCCUCUGAACCACUGGGUCCACCGCCCCCACCAGACAGGACAGCAGCCAAUCACAGUGACUCUGAUGGCGGUCUGUCUAACGCUGGAACUCGCAGGUCUUCCCUGAUUCGCUACAACAGCAGCACUCUCCCCGCCCUCUCCUCCUCCUCCCUCCUCCACCAUCAGAGCUCCAAGUCCUCAGAGAGCGAUCUGUCUACGUCCACGCUGCCCAUAUCCUCCUCCACACUCCCCAUCACAUCCUCGUCCUCCCACACUCUGUCCAAACUGCCCCUGUCUCAGCCGGAGACGGGCCUCCACCAGAACUCCACGAGCCCCACCAGCGCUAACAACCCCCCCCCUUCCUCCACACCUCCUGGAGCUCCUGUGCAGCGCCCGCCGAUGCCCCAGACCUCCCUCGCCCUAACCCCACCUAGAGACAUCCCACCCUGCGGUUUUAAUGGGUGUCCAGCCAGUCACCAAGCGCCCUCCCCAGCUUCCCGAGGAAACCCAGGACUAGUGCUCCCCCUUGGGGCAGGGUCGCCAGCGUCAGGCCCUGGUGGGGAGCUUGUGCCGGUGGCCCUUGGACGCUGUGAGGGUGGGGGGUUGGGGUUCAGUGUGAUGGCGGGGGGCCAAGGGGGUCAGCUGGCAGUAGUGAGGCGGGUCUGGGAUCGAAGGCAGUGCCCCUCCCUGCAGCCAGGCGACGCUAUAGUGAAGAUCAACGGAGCAGACGUCCAGAGCCUCAGCUUCUCCCAGGUCCAGAGAGUCCUGCAGGAUCACACCAAACAGGGAGAGGUGGUGCUGCUGGUCUACAGAGGAGGUCCUGCCUCCUCUCCGGUCGUCACCCCCAACAUCUACAAGCCCCUCCCCUCCCCUCACAGCGGGGCCACCCCCACUUCCUCCCACCCCCCCACGUCAGCUGACUUGCCUUCCUCAUCCACGGGUGCCUUGGUGGGGGGCGUUCCCCCGCUCAGCCAGGCUGGCUUGGCCCUUGAGAGUCCCCAGGAGGGCCACCCACUGGCCUCAGGGACCCACCAAGGGGCCCCUCCUGCCCAGACACCUAACGGGCCCCCGCCCUCGGCCCUCAUCCAGAGCACCAGCUUCCUGGAUUCGGUUCCCGUGACUCUGACGUUAGAGCCACGUGAUCUGCUGGGGGUGGAGGAGAGCGCCGGUGGGCCUCCUCCAAACAGAGGGGGAGGAGCCCUGGGAGCAGUCGCCAAGGAUGGGAGGGGAGGGGGGAAGGCAGUGGAGGUGGAGCUCAGGAGGCGGCCGGGUGAAGGCUUUGGAUUCGUCAUCGCCUCUCAGGAAGUGACCAAUGGCGCCCCCUCCCUGAUGUCUCACCGGUUCGUGACGGUGCGGCGCGGCAGCCCGGCGGCUCGCAGCGGGCAGAUUCAGCCCGGAGACCAGCUGGAGGCAGUGGAGGCUCGGCCGGUCGGAGGUCUGCAGCACCGAGACCUGGCCCAGAUCCUGAGGAGGGCCGGGAACACCCUGAGACUGAGCAUCACACCCAGACACCACUCCUCCGGUCUGUCAGAAGGAGCAGACCUGGACAUUGAUGGCCGACUGAUGAAAGGAUCCAGAGGGAGGUCAAAGGAUGAGUCCAGGUUCUACAGUGUGGAUCUGGAACGAGGUCCUACAGGUUUCGGUUUCUCUCUGAGGGGGGGCAGUGAGUACAACAUGGGACUGUAUGUACUGGGACUGAUGGAGGGGGGGCCGGCCCAACGCAGCAACAAGAUACAGGUGUCUGAUCAGCUGGUGGAGAUCAAUGGAGACAGCACAACAGGAAUGACUCACAGUCAGGCUGUGGAGCAGAUCAGAAGAGGAGGACAUCGAAUCCACCUCGUCCUCAAGAAGGGGAACGGAUACGUACCCGACUAUGGCCCUGAGGAAGGAGCCCUCUCCCCUUCCCCCUCUUCACACACAGAGGAGCAAGAUGUGGAUACGAUUACCAUGACAACUGCCUCCCUCAGCCAGCAGAAGAGAGGAGGAGGUGGUACAGGAGGAGGAGAAGGAGGAGGAGAGAAAGAGGCCACCAGAAAGGAGGAGGAUGAGAGAGAGGACAGAGACGACAGCGCCACCAGCCACGCAAAGCAUUCUGGGAGCACCGGUGCAGCUCAGAGAGCAGUGUUUUCCUUCCUCAUGCCGAUGGACGAUGAUGACGACGAACGCCAGCACCAGUCCGACAGCGAAUCAGCAGCCAGUUACUCAGAAGUCAGCCUAUCAGCUGCCAGCAUUGCCACGACGGGGUGGAGGGAGGAGUCUUUCUGGAGGAGAGGCGAGUCACCAGGGCGACAGGGGAACACCCCGGGCCCCUGGCUGAAGCCCAGCCCGCAGAGACUGACACAGGUUCUGAUUGGCAGUCGGCUCGGUGGGCGGGAACUAGCAGCCGGGCUCUCUCUCUGAUUGGCCAGCAGUGAGGACGAUCUCUUUUUUCACUGAAUUCUUUUUUCUUUUCUUUUCUUUUUUUUUUAAUUGGCCACUUAUAAGGGCUUUCUUUGAUUGGCCUGCUGAGAGAUAAAACCCCGCCUCUUCCUGCAUCUUAUUGGAUGAUAACAGGCAAUUCUAUUUCUGAUUGAAAGAUGAGACGCAAGAAGACAAGGACUUUUUUCUGAUUGGCCGGGUGGGUUUUGAGGCCUCUGAUUGGCCAGUGACAUAACAGCUGCACACAGAGCCGCCAGUUUUACUGUCAUUAUACCCAUCAUCCCUCAGUGCGUCCUAAGACCUGUAUCAUGAGGUCAGUUCUCAGCUCUCUUUGGGAUGAACUCAGACUGUGGUGUCAUGAAGCUGGUACAGUUUUAACUGGGAGAAAUCAGCAUGGUAACUGGAGUUGAUCGCCAUAGUAACCGGGGUACAUCAAAUAGUAACUGGAGUAGAUGAAAUGCGGCCCGUCUCCAGACCAGAUUAAUUUGAGCAAUCAGAUUACUGGAGAAAGCUGAGUCAUCAUUCCUAUUGGACAAUGACAAAAGUACAAAGUUUUUAAUAAAGUGAUAUGUCAUAGAGAACAACAGAUAUUUUUAUAGGUCAGUGGAAUCUCUUUGAAUCCCAAGAUAAUUAUGUGAGAUGAAAGAAUCAUUUUUCAGCUGUGAUGAAGACCUCCACUCUUCAUCAGCUUCAUGACACCACUCAUUAUCAGGAUCACUGAGUCCAGCCUCGGUGAGGUCUGGAGACCCAAAGAGAGCCAGACUGAGCUGAUACAGGAUCCUGGUGUACGUCACCUUCAUCAUCCUCAUCUGCAUCUUUCUAACUUUAAAUCGUAUGCAAACAACAUGUGGACCUUCACCAGGAUGAAGGCUCUGUUUGUGAUUCUCUCUCUCUGUGUAAUCUGAGCAUGUGAAUAUCACUGGAAUGAUUUUUUAUUUUUAUAAAGCUGAACAUGUAAAGGCUCAAUGACACUAUUAUUAUUAUUAUUACUACUAUUAUUACUAUUAUUAGAGAUUAAAUAGGACCAGAGAUGAUCUGAUUUGCCUGCUUGCUUGUAAAAAAGAAAAAAAAAAACUUGAUGUAACAGAGCCAUACACACACACACACACACACACACACACACGUCACAUCCAGCUGUGGUCCUGUUGGCUUUCAAUAAACAUAAACAUUGCCAUGGCAACACGGUCAUCAGGAUGGAUGACCCGUUUCUAUAGCAACAGCCACGGUGGAGCAGGACCUUGUGGCCAACAUGGCAGACGACCUGCAGCUCUGGAUCAUAACAAGUGCCUCAUUUUAUUUUCAGCCUUCGUCCUGCAAACUGAGACCGAGGCUGCAGAGACACCACCACACACCACCACCUGUCUGUCCCCCACCUGUCCCCCACCCCACCCCUCCAUGUCCCCUCUGAGCUGAGCCCAGUUUGUGCCUCAUUGUUUUUCUCUGAGUUGAAGAUCGGUUCUCGUCUCAGAGUCAGAGACGAAACAAACAGCAUCAAUAAAACCAAAACAAGCCUCAUGUCAUCUGGACAUGUCUCCAUCUCGUCUCUGUUGUGUUUCACAUUAAGGCUGAAACUAACGACUCUAAUCACCCAUGAAUCUGCCAAUUAUUCUCUCAACUGAUUUAUUUUUUAAUGAAGUAAAUCUUUAUUUAUAAAACAGCUAACGAUUAUUUUCAUUAUGGAUUCAUCUGCAGAUUGUCUGAGCGGAGAUGAAUUAGUCAAUUAACUGAUUCAUUGAUUGACAGAAAAAUUAAUCAGCAGCUAUUUUGAUAAUUGAUUCAGUCAUUUUAGCCAUUUUUAAAUGCAGAAAUUCUCUUGUUGCAGCUUCUGAACAGUGAGGAUCUGAUGUUUUGCAGUAGAUUUUGUCUGUUGGUCCAGACAAAACAAAAAAAGACAAGAUGUGUGAAGAUGAAACUUCACAGUUGUUUUUCUCAGUUUUCUACAUUUUAAUAGAUUAAUCAAGCAAAUAUUCAGCAGAUUAAUCAAUAAUAAAAGUAAUCAAUAGUUUUAGCGUCAUAUCUGAGACACGUGAGUUGCGGAUUAGUCGUAAACCUCAGUGAAAUGAACCUCAUGUCGUCUGGACGGGUUUCAGAUGAGUCUGUUCUUCAGCAGGUGACAGGUGUGCUGACAGACACUUUAUGACUGAACAUCGUCUCAUCUGUUUCCUGAGCAGUGGUGGGACCUGGACCCAGAUCUGGGUCUGCUUCCAUUAAGAGAAGGAAAACUGAUCAUUUCUUCUUCUGCUGCUUCAGAAACGUCAGAGACACAAUAACAAAGAAGAAGGAGUUUCCUGUUUGUACUAAUGAAAUGCAUCGUUAAACAUGAACUUCAUGUUCAUUAAUAAAUUUAUACUCUUUCACUGUGAAUUUCAGCCUCCAGAGAUUUAACACACCUGAUGCAUGAAAAACUGACUCCA